ACUCAAGCUUCCUUUUUAUCUACUCCAUUUUCCCUUUCUUCCUUUAUCCCUUUCCUUUCCUCUUCUUUUCCCACUCCACUCCAUCUUUUGCUGCUUCCUCCCGUUGAAGCUAGCUUUUGCUGUUGUUUGGAUUGGCUCUCCUGUGUUGCGGCCCUGCCCACCUCGCAUAGAGAGCUUCCACCAUGAUUACCACAAGGCUUGCGCGCAUGGGUGCGCUGGCCCCUAAGUCCCGCCUUGUAAGCGUUUACCCGCAAUCCAGUUCAAGCUCGCAUCACCAAAUUACAGCGGAAGUGCGAUUGUUCGAUGAACAGAAAUACUAAUAAAAUGUGCAGAUGCUCGGGGCUCGGGGUAUGGCCACCGUCACCGACUCUCCCCUCGACAAGAAGGUCGAGAUGUGCAACCUGGAGAAGGGUAACUACAUCAACUACAAGAAGAUGUCCGAGAACCUCGACAUCGUUCGUCGUCGUCUGAGCCGUCCUCUCACCUACGCCGAGAAGGUUCUGUACUCUCACCUUGACGACCCCCACGGACAGGAGAUCGAGCGUGGCAGCUCUUACCUCAAGCUGCGCCCCGACCGUGUCGCUUGCCAGGAUGCCACUGCCCAGAUGGCUAUCCUCCAGUUCAUGUCCGCUGGCAUGCCCUCCGUCGCUACUCCCACUACCGUCCACUGUGACCACUUGAUUGAGGCCCAGGUCGGUGGCGACAAGGAUCUUGCUCGUGCCAACGACAUCAACAAGGAAGUCUACGACUUCCUUGCCUCUGCUACUGCUAAGUACAACAUCGGUUUCUGGAAGCCCGGUUCCGGUAUCAUCCACCAGAUCGUUCUGGAGAACUACGCUUUCCCCGGUGGUCUGAUGAUCGGUACCGACUCUCACACCCCCAACGCUGGUGGUCUCGCCACUGCUGCCAUCGGUGUUGGUGGUGCUGAUGCCGUCGAUGUCAUGGCCGGUCUCCCUUGGGAGCUGAAGGCCCCCAAGGUCAUCGGUGUUAAGCUUACCGGCCAGAUGUCUGGCUGGACUACUCCUAAGGAUAUCAUCCUCAAGGUUGCUGGUCUCCUCACCGUCAAGGGUGGUACUGGCGCUAUCAUCGAGUACCACGGACCUGGUGUCAACUCCCUGUCCUGCACUGGUAUGGCCACCAUCUGUAACAUGGGUGCUGAGAUUGGUGCCACCACCUCCAUGUUCCCCUUCAACGACCGCAUGUACGACUACCUGAAGGCCACCAAGCGUCAGCACAUUGGUAACUUCUCCCGCGAGUACGCCAAGGAGCUCCGCGAGGAUGAGGGUGCCGAGUACGACCAGCUGAUUGAGAUCAACCUGUCUGAGCUCGAGCCCCACGUUAACGGUCCCUUCACUCCUGACUUGGCCACCCCCAUCUCCAAGUUCAAGGAGGCCGUUGAUGCCAACAAGUGGCCCGAGGAGCUGAAGGUCGGUCUUAUCGGCUCUUGCACCAACUCCUCCUACGAGGACAUGUCCCGUGCCGCCUCCAUCGCUCAGGACGCCCUUGACCACGGUCUCAAGUCCAAGUCCCUCUUCACCGUCACCCCCGGUUCCGAGCAGAUCCGCGCUACCAUUGAGCGCGAUGGUCAGCUCAAGACCCUCGAGGAGUAUGGUGGUGUCAUCCUUGCCAACGCCUGCGGUCCUUGCAUUGGACAGUGGGAUCGUAAGGACGUCAAGAAGGGUGAGCCCAACUCUAUCAUCUCCUCCUACAACCGUAACUUCACCGGUCGUAACGAUGCCAACCCCGCCACCCACGCUUUCGUCGCCUCUCCCGACCUUGUCGUCGCCAUGACCGUUGCCGGUACCCUUAAGUUCAACCCUCUCACCGACAAGCUGAAGGACAAGGACGGCAAGGAGUUCAUGCUCAAGCCUCCCACCGGUGAGGGUCUCCCUGCUCAGGGCUACGACCCCGGCCGUGACACCUACCAGGCUCCUCCCACCAACCGCGACGGCGUCAACGUCGCUGUCUCUCCUUCCAGUGACCGUCUCCAGAUCCUUGCUGGUUUCGAGAAGUGGGAUGGCAAGGAUGCCACUGACAUCCCUAUCCUGAUCAAGUGCCAGGGCAAGACUACCACCGAUCACAUCUCCAUGGCUGGCCCGUGGUUGAAGUACCGUGGUCACCUUGACAACAUCUCCAACAACAUGCUGAUCGGUGCCAUCAACGCCGAGAACGGUGAGGCCAACAAGGUCAAGAACGCCUUCACCGGCGAGUACGAUGCUGUCCCCGCCACUGCCCGUGACUACAAGGCCCGUGGCAUCAAGUGGGUUGUCAUCGGUGACUGGAACUACGGUGAGGGUUCUUCCCGUGAGCACGCCGCUCUGGAGCCCCGCCACCUUGGUGGUCUUGCCAUCAUCACCCGCUCCUUCGCUCGUAUCCACGAGACCAACCUGAAGAAGCAGGGUAUGCUUCCUCUUACCUUCUCCGACCCCGCCGACUAUGACAAGAUCAAGCCCGAGGACAAGGUCGACCUCCUCUGCACCGAGCUCGAGGUUGGCAAGCCCGUCACCCUGCGUGUCCACCCCAAGGACGGUGCCUCCUUCGACGUCAAGCUCAGCCACACCUUCAACGAGUCCCAGAUUGAGUGGUUCCGCGAUGGUUCCGCCCUCAACACCAUGGCCCGCAAGGCUGGUAACUAAAUUUAAUGGCGAUUGCCAACAUGCAUGACAUGGGCCUCAUAGGCCCGUCUGUAUAUUAUGAUCGCUGUUUUCUGUUUGUUGCGAAAAGAUAUGAUACCUGAAAGAUCUGCUUGCGGGGUUUGGUUAUCCUACCCUCGCGCCAUGGCAGUCUGCUCUGAUGCCAAACAACUGCAUUGGACGCGAAAGCGGCUGCCUAU